CGAAAAUUGACAUGCUAUCCUGGAACAUCAACAAUAAGUGCAGGAGGAUACCGAGCACAAAAUAUGUAGACGUGAGUGCCACUGACCAAGUGACGAUAUGUGAUGAGUUGGGCUGAUCCAAAAUGAGCCAGUCCACGAAUGAGUCAACACCUGAGAUUGAAACGUGGUCCAAAGAGGACAUCCACCACUGGCUAAUGACAGAGGUCAAAGUUCAUCAGAGUUGCGCAGACAUAUUCAUUAAGGAGGAAGUGUCUGGAGAAGAACUGGUUGACUACGAGAAGGAAAAUAUUUUAAAUUUAGGAAUAAAACAUGGCCCUGCUGUCAAAAUCACAUCCUAUCUAAAAAGUCUUAAAGAAGGAACACAACAUGAGUCACAGUUCCUAGCUGAUGUGGAAAACUGGACAAAGGAGCAAGUGACCCAGUGGUUACUGCAGCGUGUGAAGGUCGAUGGCAAAAAGGCAGAGAGGUUCCAAGAGGAGGAUGUGUCCGGAGAUUGCCUUGUUUGUUUCAGCGAGCAGGAUUUUGUGGAUAUGGAGCUGAAAAAGGGUCCCGCUGGCAAGAUCAUGAAACAGCUACUUCGACUAAAAAAUGAGGAGUCAGCGCUGCAGCCCGUCAGUCGCCCCUUCAGAUGGCCCCUUAGGGACAAAAAUAAGCAAGAAAGCAAGAAGGCAAAGCCGUCGUCACUGGCGACAAAGAGUAAAGAAACUAUGGAGAAUCCUGCCCCGCUGAUCAGAAACACCCUGGAUGAACUUUCUACAGAGGAUCGCAAGUCUUUUAAUUUCACGCUACAGCUUUACACCGCCUCGAAGCGUAAACCCAUUCCUAAGGGUAAACUGGAAGGUAAGGACAGCAUGGACAUCGCCACAUUAGUGACCAACCACUACGGACAUGAGGAGGCUUUACGUAUCACACGAGAUAUUCUUCAAACCAUACAUCAGUGUGAACUCGCUUCUCGACUGGUCAGAAACACAGAUCAAGAGAAGCUCCAUCGCACAUCUUGUGAUGAUGAGGAGGACACAGAGGACUCAGAGAAGUCAGACUCAUCGUCUCAUUACAGACGUAAACCCAAGAAAGGGAAAGAACAAAAACGUUUCCGUUUCCAGAUGAAUAUGAAAAUAGACAUGCCAUGCUGUAAAUGACCGUAUUUGAAGUGGCAGCUGGACAUUAGAAGAGGCUCAAAUUUCUUCUUAGUGGAUGACAAUGACAAAAGACACUGAUUUGAACUUGUCGUCAGACUUGUGAUGUUCUUGAGCACCAAAAGCUCUCAGGAGUCUCUCCCACUGCUGUCCACAUGGCGGCUGGAUUUCACCAUUUUGUUGUUUCCUGAAUGAAAAAACGGAAUAAGAUGACGGUAGGUUUUUUCCAGAUGGUUUGGGAUCUUUCCAAAUAGUCUUGAAAAUGCUGAUGUAAUGUGAACUAAACUAAUGUAAGUAAAUGCUGUCAGGUCGCCUGAUUAAAG